AUGGAGGAUGAGGAAGAGGAUGCCUUGGCCAGGAGCCGCCAGGAGCCCGCCAUGGAGGUAAGGCCUGCAGUGGUCCCUGGGAAGCUGGAGGUGAGGGGUGCCUCGGGGAACGGCAGGGCUCGGGGGCGAGCGGUUCCCUUUCCACGUGACUCCUGGGCGCGCUCCCAUUGGCCCGCCGCUCGGGUCCCUCAGGGCCGCUCGGUUGCCCGGCGCCGAGGCAGCGGCUCCAACGGCGGCGGCGGCGGCGAGCGAGGCGGCUUCUCGGAGGGAGGCAGGCCGGUGAUUGAGGCCGAGGCUGUGGGCUUGAACGCCAUCCUCCUGCUCCUCAUGUCCCGUGUAUCGCAGGCCUCGGGGGGCUUCUUGCCACCUCUCAGCUCCCUGGUGGGGCCCAGGAAGGUGUUGCCAGCUGAUGGAGGGGAACACCUGGAGGCAGCUGACACAGGCUCCAGAUCGCUGACGCCGCUGGCCAAGUCCUUCCAGAAGGCGGAGGCUCUCCUGCGCCACUGCGUCAACCCCAGCCUGUGGCGCCUGCUGCCCCCGCGCCCCAGCGAGAGCGCUUACGACAGCGAGGAGGAGGACUCUCCCGGAGGCCUGGCCCGCCUGGCCCAGGUGGAGCGCAGCUUCCUGGGGCUCAGCCGCUGCCUGUGCGUGAUGGAGAACCCCCGCACGGAGACCUUCCAGGCCCACGUGCGCCCAGCCCUCCCGGACACGGCCCGGGGCGCCUUCACUUACCACGUGGCCCGGAGCAGCGUGGCUCGCCACUGCGCCACUCUCCACGCUCUGCUGCAGCACCGCCACCACCUCCGCCUCUCCCGCCACUUCAGCCGCCGCCUCAAGGCGGCUUCGGCCUUCGUGCAGCACCUGGUGGCCGCCGAGCGCUGCCUGCCGCCCCUGGCCGGCCAGCCGGACGCCACCUGGGGCCGCCAGCUGCGGGGGCUGUGCGAGGAGAUGCGCACCCACGCCACGCACUGGGAGGGGCUGCAGCGGCGCAUCCGCAGCGACCCCUGGCUGCGGCACAUGCUGCUGCAGCGCCACGAGGUGGUCCAGCACAUGAAGUGGGCCCUCUGCUUGCUGGCCCUGCACGCCGUCUGCCUCCUGGAGCGCCACAUCGAGGCCUUGCUGCGCAGCUUGGCCCACGCCCUUCCUGUGCCCGCUGCCCCGCUCUCCGACUUGUUCCAGGGGCUGGAGAUCUACAACCAGGUGGUGAACGACCAGGCGCUGCAGCAGGCCUUCCAGGAGCAGCAGGCCAGGAAGCCUGGCCUGCAGAGAACAGCGAGCAGUUCCCCAGCCUUCCCCCUGGAGAGGGUCUUGGGCAUCCUGGCAGCAGAGAGGGGCAAGCGGGCCGCCCAGAGGCUGCAACCGCUGCUCCUCCGAGGGGGGGUCCUGGAGCCUGCGCCUUGGGGUGGGGACGCCAAGCCUGGGCUCCUGGAAAGGGCCUCCCAGGCCUCUCCGGCAGGCGAGGGUCUUCCCAGCCUCUCGGUGGAGCUGCAGGCCUUGUGCCACGAGGAGGAAGAGGGCCUCCUUCUUGUCCUGGGGGAGCUGGUGGCUUCCACGGACAGCCUGUGGCAUCACGUCCUGAACCGGCCCAAGCAGGAGAAGCCCCUCGAAGGCUUGGAGCCGGCUGACCUGCCUCAGGGGCUGGACUCUGCCUCGCUGCCCAGCUGGAAGUCUGUGCGCUGGCUGGACACCUCCUUCACCGAGGCGGCUGCAGCGCUCUAUGCCCAGUACUGCCCGCUGAUGUGGAGAGCGGCUGCCUCAUCCUUGGCCCACCAGCUGGAGCUCCACCCGCCCCUGGCGCACUUCCAGCCGGGGGCAGCGGCUGCUUUGGCCCGGCGGCUGAGCCGUGGUCUGGCACAGGCCUGUGUGCCUCAGGAGAGUGCGGAGGAACUGAAGGCCUUGGCGCUCCACCUGCUCACGCGGGAUGUCCUCCAGCACUGGGACCAAGGUUUCUGCCAGGCUCUGGGCUCCAGCCUCACCGACAAAUGCUUGGGGAAGCCUGCCCAGAGCACAGAGGUGACCUGCAGCCAGACGGCUCAGCUCUUGCAGAGCCUCUACCUGCCCUUGGCCUUCAGCCUGCAGUGCCUGGACUCCCAGCCCACGGACAGCACAGCCAGCAGCCUUGUCCCAUCCGGCCUCCACCUGCGGCUGCUGUCCCUCUCGCUGGCCACCGCUCACUCCUCCUGCUACUGGGUCAUGAGCAAGGCCUACCAGUACUUGGCUUCCUGGUCCCUCAACCAGUUCCUCCUUGUGACCCAGGGGGACUUGCAGGCAAGUAGAACCAUGAGUGGUGGGCGGGGAGGGGAGCAAAGAGCCAAGGAUCCUCCCCAAAGCCGUCUACUUGGCCCACAGUCCAGCUGUGGGCAUCGCCUGCUGAAGUCAGAGGCUACCAGGCUGUCCGCACUGGUGAGCGCGGCUUUUCCUGAGGGCAGGAAGCAGCAGAGCCCCCUCCUCUCUGGCCAGGAGCAGGAGCUGAGCCAGCAGAUCCACUCCACAGCUUCCAGUGUCCAACUGUUUGCCAACCAAGUGCUGACGCUGUUUUCCUUGGACUGCAAGCGCAUGUCGGCGGAGAUCUUUAGCCAAACCAUGCCCCUGGGCAAGCACUGGCGCCUCACCCUCCGAACAGAGCUGCCGCCCUCCCCCAGCGAAUAUGCCUCGGCUGCUGCCCAGAGCGUCCUGGGCCAGGUCUUGCUGGGCAUCCAGCUCUUGCCUCAAGAUGCCCAGGGACCAGCGCUCAGCCAGGUGACGACGGCCUUCUUGGAAGCCUGGAUGGACCACAUCCUGGCCCAGAAGAUCAAGUUCAGUCUCCAGGGCGCCCUCCAGCUGAAGCAGGACUUUGACCUGGUGCGUGAGCUGCUGCAGUCGGAGGAUUAUGGUCUGUCUCCAGAGAUCAAGCAGCUGGUGCUCUCCCUCCGCGUCUUCCAGCAAGUGGACAACGCCAUCGCCUGCCUCCUGCAGCAGCCCCCCAAGACCUCCUUGCCCUCACACACCUGGGAUGCCUUUCACAAGUGCUGCUCCCACGACGGGAUUCGCACGCAGGACGGCGGCCCAGGCAGCCUGAACAGCCUGGAGAGCCUGGAAGGGCUGCCCACGCAGGCGAGGGCCGUGCUGGAGAGCCAGGCGGGCGACCUGCUGAGCCGCAUGCAAGGGGGUGGCUGCAGCCCCGAGACCUACCUCAGCCCCAUGCAGCAGGAGUGGCUGGCGCUGCGGCUGCACGGGGGCCGCCGCUGGAAAGUCCCCGCCCUGCCCUGCAUGAACAGGACCUCUGAGCCUUGACUGGGCCGGGGGGGGGGCAGCUCCGGCCUGGGCAGGACGAGCCGCCACUCGCACCACGAACUCCUUGGGGCUUCUGCCGCACGUGCCUCACGCCCCUCGGCCCAGCGCAGCGGCAGCCGUGCUGUGACACUCUCCCCAGGGGGGCUGGUGCACGAGGGGGGGGGGAGCCUCGAUUGCCUCCCGCCAGGCCUUGCCUGCUUCCCUGCAGGAACUCUCUGGCCCUAGACAUUUUGGCUCAUGGGAGAAGCUCCUGCUGCAGGAAGAGAAAGCGGCUGGUUGGGCGGCAGGGUCGGAAAUCCCAAAAGGCGCUCCAGCGCUCCCAGGCUGCCCCGUUGCUCUCAGGGUCACAGGGAAGCUGGAGAAGCACACGCAAUAUCUCAGAUCACCUGUUUUCCACAUUAAAGACUCCUGACGUUGCAGCCA